CAGUUGUUAGUGCUACACGCAAAUGGCCCUUUCUGUCUGUCGUAUACGUCCGCAGCUUUUCGUCCUGACAGUCGCUCUCAACUUCCGCCGGCUUCUCAACCUGCGGCGCUGAUAUCAUCCCGGGUCUUUUCCAAAAUGGUUUAGGAUGCCGGGGAACCCAUCUGCUUAAGGCGGCCGGUGGAUGCAGCGGUUGUACAAUAGUGUCAUUACUUUGAAACCAAUCCAUUUCUAGUAAUAGCGGGUUGAAGAGUUACAGCAAACCCACAAGUUAUUGAAGUUGGCAAUCGUGGGUUCCGUCCCUUAUUUGAUAGUUGCUGGUGGAUGUCAGGUUUCCUUGUAUGGCUAUGGGGAGUUGGCUGCUGAAUGCUAAUUCUGGGUUCAAGUAUUCAAGCCUAGAGAAUGGCUGUUAACUGCAGUAGAAAUCAAAGCAUUUAUUAGCUAUCAAUUCAUUUUGACCUGAUUCUUGGUUGGCUUCUGGUCUAUUUUCAGCACAAAGAACAUCAAUAAUGAGGACAAAAAGAGUAGCCCGUAAAAAAGGUUCUCUGAAACGUCCUCGGUUGCAUCCUCGUGUUGCGUACCAGACAUCCUUUAAAUUGAGGAAAGUCGACUCCAUUGAGCAAAGGGUUGGCCCUGUGGCUUCUGUAAUGGAUGAAAAUGCAUCUGCCGUGAUUGAUGGUGCAAUGCUGAAGAGUUUGUCAGCACGGCGGCCUUGGAUACUCCAUGACUUGGGUGCUGGUGAUCAUAUGCAAGUGGAGGCAAGCACGAAAGAAGAGGAUACGGAGCAUUCUUCAAAGACUUGCCUUCCAAAAGGCGUUGCUAGGGGAUGUCCAGAUUGUAGAGAUUGCGUGAAGGUGAUGGCAAGGUGGCAGCCAGAAAAAGGAAAGACACAUCUUCUAGAAGAAGCUCCUGUUUUCCGCCCCAAUGAGGAGGAAUUCAAGGAUGCACUAAAGUAUAUCAAAAGUAUAUGUCCAAUAGCUGAACCCUAUGGUAUCUGUCGCAUUAUCCCUCCUACUUCGUGGCAUCCUCCUAGCCUAAUUACUGAAAAGAGUAUGUGGGAAGAUUCAACAUUUGAAUCGCAAGUUCAGCGGAUAGAUGGACUGCAGGACCAAAAUUUAGGCGAGAUUUCUGUGUGUUCUGACAUGGAAGGUGUUGAAAUGGAACCUGGUCCGAGGCUUACUCCUAAAAGUUUCAAGAAAUAUGCCGAUGAUUUUGUGUCUCAGUACUUCUCUGUAGAUGGCAUCUUGGAUUCAGAAGCGGAUUCCAAUGAGUGUGUCAAGCAGAGGGAACCAUCUCUGGGGGAUAUUGAGUGUGAGUAUGGAAGAAUUAUUGAUAAUCCUACAGAAGAGAUUGAGGUGAUUUGUGGUGAUAAUUUGGAUAGUCGGGUUUUUGGCAGUGGAUUUCCCGUCUAUAAAUCUUUAGAAACUUGUACCAGUCAGGAGUACUUGAACUCGGGCUGGAACUUAAACAAGACAGCUGUGCUUCCAGAUUCACUUCUGUCAUUUGAGAUCUUUAGUACUUCAGGGCUCUUACGACCUCGACUUAGAUUAGGAAUGUGCUUCUCAUCUUGUCCUUGGAAACUUGCAGUGCACCAUUUGUACUGUCUCUCCUACAUGCAUAUUGGUUCCCCCAAAAUUUGGUAUGCUAUCCCUGGAAAUCAUGGUUCGAAGUUUGAAGUUGCUAUGAAGAAUUACCUUCCCGAACCGACAAUGGAACAAUCAGAGAUGCAACACUAUAGACAGCUAAUGAAACUGACGCCAACUACAUUGAAGUCAGCGGGAUUACCUGUGUAUCGAUGCAUUCAGUAUCCUGGAGAGUUUGUUCUUGUCCUGCCAAGAACACAUUAUUCAGGGUUCGACUGUGGCUUUAAUUGUUCUGAGAGUAUCCAUUUGGCUCCAGUUGAGUGGUUACCACAUGGGCAGAAUUCUGCUGAACUCUACAGUGAACAAGCAAGAAGGACUUUUAUUUCCCAGGAUAAGCUGUUGAUUGGUGCAGCUAGAGAAGCUGUGAGGGCGCAAUGGUUAGACUUACUGUCUUGGAAAGAUAUCUCAAUAAAUGCAAGAUGGAAAGAGGCUGCUGGGAAGGAAGGGAUUUUAGCAAAAGUGCUCAAGUUACGUAUUGAGUUGGAGGCCAAUAGAAGGAAAUACCUGUGCAACUCUUCACAGUCAAAGAAGAUGGACAAGGACUUUGAUUCCACAAGUAAAAAGGAAUGUAUAGUAUGUUAUUAUGAUCUUCACCUCUCUGCAGCCACAUGUCCCUGCUCUGCUGACAGAUACUCGUGCCUAAACCAUGCGAAGCUGCUCUGCUCUUGUCCUUGGGGCCGAAGGAUCUUUCUGUACCGUUAUGAAAUUGACGAGUUAAGAAUUCUUAUUGAAGCCGUGGAUGGCAAACUGAGUGCCAUUUAUAAAUGGGCAAAGAAUGAUCUCCAGCUUUCCCUGCAGUCCAUUGUCUCUGAUAAGAAUAGCUCGCCAGGAAGGAGGCAGAUAGGUGAACCAGGGUGCAGCACUGGAGGAUCAGAAAGGAAAGGAAAAGAGAAGUUUUAUGAUGCAUCAAUACCCUAUGAAGGCUGGAACAGUACUUCCUCUGCGAUCAGGGAAGAACUGAAGGCACGAAUGCUCCAAUGGAAGUCCUUGAAGGAAAAGAGGCUGAAGGGCAAAAACAGUCUGAAGCCUACGUCUUUAUUUUCUGAUGCUGAUGAUGCUUGUAACACACAUAUGCCCGAAGUUUCUUCUGAUAGCACCAGCGAAUCAAGCUCAUCUUAAUAAUAUACGGUAGCACAUUUUCGUUUCUCCUCCACGCCCGGAAGAUCUAAGCAAUGAUGUAUUCCUGGUUCAUGAUUGGAGUAUAAGACUAACAGGAAGAUCAGAUUUAUCAGAAGUCAGGUUGGCCUAUACCCCAGAAAGCUUGUUCUGGUCAGGUGAGUAGGAAUGGUAGAUACAGAAACAAGUUCAUUACUAUUUUUGUUAUUUCAUAGAUACUUCAGCUCCGUCUCUUAAUUGAUACGGUACAUCUUUAAUGGCCAGGUCCGUAUUCUUUAUAUUCCAUUUGGUUUUAUUUUUAGCUCAUAUUAAUUUGUUUAGAUGGAGGUCGCCAUUGGAAAUGGAGGCAAUCUUGCUUUGACUUGAUGGCAUCUUAGUAAGUUUAUGUAUAAAAAAAAUGGCUUCUUUCUCAAGCUCGCUCUUAAUAUAUAAAAACCAACGUGAAUUUGGAAGUGCAGGACGAACCGGGAAAAGAAUCCUCAUUCUACAUGUUCUAUCUGCCUCUCGAUGAACUACCCAAUGAAAUGACUAGUUGACUACAUUACACAUUACAACUAUCAAUGGUACAGUGAAAGGAACGAUGAUCGACAUCCCAAUGCAGAAGGAAGAACGCCGUUGCUGAUACAAUCACAUCAAAGCCCUGCUGAAACUAGUCCAUGGAGGGUAAUGAUUCCAAUCAAAACAUUCUGAUCACGGAUCACAGGCAGAAACUGUACAGGUGAUGGUGGUGAUUCCAUCUUCUUCAUUGCUUCCACUGCCAUUGCAUCUGGACCAAUAGUUCUUGGGUUCCUGUUGCACAUUUCCCCAACUGUAAGCUUGAAUAUGGCUUCCCCACUAGCCUUGAGAGUCCGCCGGAGAUCACCAUCAGUAAAGGUGCCAAUAAGGUGAUGAUCAGGAUCAACGACAAGAAGGCAACCGCAGCCUUUACUUGUCAGCUCAACCAGCUGAUCCAUAAUCAGAUCUCCUUCCCUGCACACCGGCAGCUCAUUUUGCUUCUUCAUAACAUCCUUCACCUGCAAAUUGCAAACAUCAUCAUCCUGACUUCUUACUCCUCCAGGCGGAAGAUAAUUCGAGGCUAUCUAUCGUCAGGCUACGACCAAAUUAACCCAGAUUCAAUUAACUACUGUAGUUCUCAGAUCAAUUCGCUACGUCGUGAAAGAUAGUCCAUCUCCAUCGUGAUAUUUAUCGAGCUAACGUUGAAUUCCAAAAGCGGCAAUAUAUCAAACACAUUGUGGGCAACCAAAAAUUCUGAAUACCCAAUUUCAAACGAACCUUGAAAAUCAAGCUCUUGCCGAUCCUGCCAGCAGGGUGGUUAGUCGCGUACUCCUCCUUGGUCAAAUUCCUGGCCCCCAUAAGCGCGAUCGCCACCGUAUCGCCAAACACCAUCUGGAUCGCGGUGGAGGUUACCGGAGCCAAAUCGAAAGGGCACAGCUCCCUCUCCAGCGGCAAAUGUACAUUCAUGUCGCAGACGGACGCGAGGGAGUUCCCUUCGACGGAAGUCACCGACACCAGGUAGGCCCCUUUGGCCCUGGCGCAGGGGACCAAGCGGAGGAGCUCGUCGGUGUUGCCGGACUUGCUGAAGAGGACGAGGACGUCGAGGGAGGAGAGGGCGCCGAUGUCGCCGUGGAGGGCGUCGACGGGGUUGAGGAAGGAGGCGCGGAUGCCUAGGGAGACGAGGGUCUGGGAGAUCUUGUUGGCGACGAAGCCGGACUUGCCGACGCCGGAGAAGAAGAUGGUGCCGGUGGUGUUAAGCAGGGUUUGGGAGAAGGAGAGCGCCUGCGAGAGAUCGAGGUGGCGGAAGAAGUAAUUGAGAUGGUUCUGUUGGGCUUUGAAGAGAUUCAGGAGGGUGGAUUCGUCGAUCUGCCGCUGCUGACGGUGCUUGGGAUUCGCAGGAAGAUCGAGAAAUGGCGGAAGAGAGCCCAUUGCCGGACUUCUUCCCCUGUUCGAAAAAAAAAUGAAUUUCUCUUUUGGAAGGUGGGUUUGGAUUCUGAUGUCGAGAAAUGCGAUGGAUUUAGCCGGAUUCUUUGCGAGAUGUAUAUAACUGGCGGAAAAAGGGCGGCCUUUGAACUUCCGGGACCGGCGGGAUCGUCAGCCGUCGGGAAGAAACGGAUGGUCGUUAAGCAUGGUUGGGCUUUCAUCACUUAUGAAGCUGCCUGCUUUUUUCUCCCUCUGUUGCGCUAUAACCGUGGGCUCUGUUUUUAUGGUCAAGCUUCUGUUUUUAUUUCCGCGGCAAAGAUUUGCCCGGAAAGUGGCGGAGUA